GGGUUUGAAGAGUUGAGAGAAUCUUUACAAUGGACUUUUGUAAGCUCCUGAGUUCUCUUGGCAAGAGUUGAGAAUGGAGAAUCUGUCUUCGUUGAAGGACGUUCUUGUGGACGAGGUGGCUCUGUCGGGACUCGAAGGUAUUUCGCUGGAAGUGCUAUGGCGUCGUUUACAGACUAGACAGUCGUUUCAAGCAGCGACUGAUGACACAUUGUAUCCCUAUGCAUGGCGUGUGCUGGUGGAGAAAUGCGGCGACAUUAACUUUUACGCGCGGCAAACACCGUUUCAGGAUGUGUUUGUUGUGGGUAACCUGAAUCCACUGAAGACUGUAAAAGAAUACUUUGGCUAUAGUCCCAAGGACCCGUACACGCCAGUCAAUGACAAAGAGAAAGGUGUACGUGGUCUGUGUGCUACCUAUAAGACACGGGAAGAUGUGACGGACGUGGUGCGAUGUGUAAGCACAGACAAGACGCUCUGUUCCUACACGGAGGCCGUGGAAAAGUAUGGCGAGAAACUGGUCAUGGUGGCAUCUCAGAAGCUGCGAGAGCGGGCCCUGUGGGGAAGAAGUGACUCACUUGCUCCCGUCAAUGACCGCCAGUACUGUAUUCUGGAAGUGAUUGGCCGAGCACGGAGUCAAGGUGUCACACAGCGUGCUAUACAUUCCUAUCUCAAGCUAGAUCCAAGGAGCUGUUUCUAUGACGUGCGUAUGCUAGCCAAGUACAAGUUUAUCACUAUGCAGCCAUACGUGAAUAGUCCUAAUGAACGACCAGGGCGAGUCAAGACACCAAUGCUGCUCUUGCCCAGGUUUGAUCAUCUGGUCUUUUCACCAUUGGAUGUAGCUGGCGAGUUGAUGUCACGUUACUUGGAGGCUCAGCCCGGCUGUUGCAUCAAAUAUGCUGACCAUCAAUGGCCGAGUCAAAUUCAUCCAUUUCUUGCUCAAAGCUGCUAUUAUCAAUUGCUGUUGGAUGGGUAUUGGCAAGUCGAGAACCCAGUGGAAAAGCCAAGUCUAAGGCGCAAGUCUAGGGCCAAAACCCCAAAGUCUUUGAAGAAGGAAUCUUUGGAGCAGAAGAUUGCAGCCAGAGAUGGGACAGGUGCUGCUUCUAAACUUUUUGAGCGUGGUGUUGAGGUGAAGUUGGAAGAUGGUGACGGUGAUGGUGAUGAGGGAUACAAUGCUGAUGGUACUGAGCAACUCAAACCAGACUCAGCACUCUCUGUUCCCAGUACACCAACUGGAAAGAGGAAAGCGCGUGGAAAACGCGGCAGUGCAAGCAGUACCCCGGCUAGUACUCUCACCACCCCAGCUUCUACUGCUGCAAGUGCUGGCAAAGAUAGCACUGUUAGUGCUACGUCAGCUACUGCUGCUUCGCCGUCUGCAAUGGCUGCUGGCAGUGAUGGGACAGCCACACCACUGGAUGCUGCUAGCGUGGGAAACUCUCCUAGCAAAGAAGAUGCAAAGCAACUGGAAGAGCAACAGCGGCGUCUACUGCGAAAGCCUUACAACCGACCCACUGCUGGCAGUGUAGUGUCACUGUUGAAAUCGUUCAGAGCUGCCACCUCACCAUGGGUGCAUGGCAAGGAGAAGGUUGCUGACGCUGCCGAAGAUGAUGAAGAUGGUGUUGUGCCCACUAAUGCUGGUGAAUCAUCCAUUGAGUUACCACUCGGUCAGCACAUCUACUGGUUUGUGGAAAACACUGGCAGCGAUGGAGCUCUUCUUGCCGAUGUAUGUGAUUCAUUGGUGUACAAACAUGACCGCCACAUCAAGAAAAAGAUUCAGAAGAAAACGACUGAACGCCACUGGGGCUGGAUUGAUGCCAUGCUGAAAGACAUGGGAAGAGUUCGCAAGCACGUGUUGGUAGCUAAGGAGCACAAGGCAGGAAAUGCUGAUAUGGUGUUGAUUGAUGCAGUAUCAAAGAAAACCUCACACAAGCAGUUAUCGGUUUUGCCGGACGGUUUCUCUCCAUCAGUGACCUCUUCGAGUCAAGCAACACCCAAGAAGACGACAAGCAAGUCGGCAGAGUGUUUAAAGAUAGAAGCUUCAGCAUCUCCCGUUCUUCCGUUGUACCCGCCAAGCAGUAGCGUGUCGACAGGUGUUUGUGUUGGUGGUGUUGCUAUUAGCAGCAGCAGCAACAACACCACUGACAACCCUAUUCCCAUCAUCACCACCAGCACAGAUGGAGACGCAAGCGCGGCAGACACAGGAGCGGAUACAGCUAAUGUAGAUACCAAACUUGCUAUGAAUGUAGCUAAUAAGCCACUAGACCCACAGCUUCUGCAGUCUUAUCUGACUCCAGGUACACCGUCAGAAGACUCACUGCCUCAAUCACCCAGUUCUGACCCAACGGCUGCUACUUCUAAUCUGCUGCAAACACCCGGGGCACAGUCAGGAGCAUCCACAGCCCAUGAGAGCUCACUCUCACAAACUCCUAUUUCCGUUGAACUUCAGGAAAUGAAGAAAAAACAGACCACCACUGCUUCAAAGCGGAUGGUUACCGCCUUGCAGCUGAAACGUCAGCAAAUGCUCCUGGACUACAUCAACAAAGAAGAAGUUGUCCUGACUAACCAAGCUGUAAUGUACGGCCUUCAGAAUGACCAUGCUGUCAAACUGUCUGACCAGCAGGUGGCAUGUAGGAAGACGGUUGUUCGAGCUAUGCAAGUGCUUGCUGAGAAAGGCUUGGUCCAGUGCGUCAAGACCAGUACCGAAGCUCCGUCUGGAAAUCAGACAUCGGUCAUAGCCUGGGUGAGCAAUGCCUUGGAUGUCAAGAGUGAGGAGGUACCACGGCGUCUUCGACUGCUUCUUCCUAUGACCAGAGAAGAUCCCCUCAAUGAACUCCACGGUGAGAGAGAAAAGAAGAAGAAGCGAUCUCACAAGAAGAAGCCAAGUAACUCCAUGUUGGCCAGCGAUCUCAAUUAUGCGGACGGUGAUGCAGUCGAUGGAGCAAUGUCUGACGCGAGUGAGAAAGUUGGCGAGGAGCUAGCUGACGACGAGGAUGCUGAAUCAUCGCCGGCUUCUACCGAGCUGUUGUUGUACUCCAAGCAUCAGAAAAUGCAGCGUCUGCGCAUUUUCCACAUCUACUUGUUCAGAUUGAUGUUUGGUCGUGCGGGAGACUUGAAAGGACCUAACUCUGAUACUGAGUUGAGUUCAGUGGUGAACCAGUUUCCGUGGCUGGAGAAUGUGCACAUAGCAGCCGACACAACAUCAACACCAGGCACUAUGAACUGCUAUGAUGCAUUGGUGAACAUGCCCUUUGCUGUCUACUUCACACUCAUAGGCAGUAUUGAACAGAGCCCCAAGUGUGUGCAGUAUCUUCACAAGCCAGAAUACACGUACAAACCAUUGAAGCACCUGCCACGAUUCUUGUUUGAAGAAGCUCUGUGCUUCAAUAAAAGGCAUACGGAAGCAUUUCGCGGUGUCACCUCUCUGCUUCAACUGUUGGAGGUGAUGAAGCUUGUCAAACUCAAUGAUGAGAAUAAGAUGCUGAAGGCGCGAGAGUUCACCUUGUUAACAACGGCUACACUGGUGGAUACUACCCUAGUUGCCAGCGGUGGCUACAUGUUACUGGAUCCAGAACUAACCAAGACACUUCCAGUAUGUAACUACCAGCUUUGUGACAUCUUCUCCACCAUCCGCUUCUGGUACUCUGUGGAAGAUAUCUGUAGACGAACUCCUCUUGGCAGUCUACACAUGAAGGACAACGAUGAUGCUUUGAAAGAGAGGUUGAAAGCAGAUGGUGUGGAGAUAGUCCAUCAUUUCUAUUCCCGUGAGAACCAUUCAUUCCCGCGUAUAUGCAUCGGAGCGGCUGGUUAUCCACCAGAUUUCUUUGCACAUCGAUUCUGGCUAUUGAAUUGGGAGCGCAAAGAUCGCCGCCUUCCUCAGCUACGUGGUGAUUCAGCUAAUGUCACACAGGACACCGAAUCACAAAAUGAGUUGUUUGACUCACUCACGGCUGAUGACCUGGAAGGUUUGGACCCAGCCAUUCUCAAGGAAAUCCUCAAGGACGACACACCAGCCAGGACACCAAGAACUCGAUCUCGAAGCAACCGCUUGUCGUCCUUGUCAACUGUUACUGGGAAGGCAGCUUCACCGAGUCAAGGUGGACGUGGUCUGAAGCGCUCACGACAGGGUGGAACGGACUCACCUUCUAAGAGGGCCAAGAAAUCAGCAGGAACAGGAGCAGCAUCAGCAGGAGGAGCAGGCAGAGGAACAGGAAGAGGAGGUACAAAGGACACUGACCAUAUCAAUGGCGGUGAUGGCGGCAGCGGUGGUGUAGAUAACGCUACACCAUCUCCACGGCCAUCUUUCCUGUCCAAGGCGUCAAGCGUUGCAGCUGCUCCUGCAGUGCCACAGAGAAUGACUGCCAACGCGUUUGCUAAACUACCAAUGUCCGAAUUCAAGCUACACAUGGAGGUAGCUUCCACCGGGUUGCCCACCAAGAAGGGAACAUCAGCCGAACCUGAGGACAUUGAAGCUGUUAGUAGAAUGGUCAAGCUUCGUAUUGCUUACUCGCCAGCAGAAGAUCAAUACGUGUUGUGCCACCAUGUAGCAAUAUGCUAUCUACGUACACUGGGACUAGAGGAGGCUACUUGGAGUCAAUGCCGUGAUGGCAUACACAAGGCUAUUGAGGAAUCGAGGGAUAAAUCAUCUGGUUCCUUAUUCCGCCGUGCUCGCUACUUGGCCAAGCGUCAGACCGUGAUCAGAGACUGUCGUGUUGCUCUUCUGCAAGUUCUGCAGACUCUGCAAACAGCAGUGCAACGCGGUGGGAAACUCCCGGAGACUUAUGAUGAAGUGUUUCCCAUCAUUCUUCAGCAGGACAAAAAUCGUCCGCAAGGGGCACCCAAGCUGACUGACACCGUUGUUGAGCUGUAUGAUAGAUACAAUGUGCUGGACAUUGAUCGGCAAAUGAACGAGACAUAUGUCUGGGAUGACAAAGCAGAAGAAGAUGCCCAGCUUUGUGUCAUUGCUGAUGUCAUUCAGACAACAACGAAAGCUGCCAUGUCUGAAGAGUCGUUUGAUUCCCUCGAUGCAUUCUCCACUCUUGAAGGAUUCAACUCGAAAUUGCUGGAGGCCGUUUUCCAGCGUUUUCAAGCCAGUCAUUUGCUGAAGAGAAUGCGCUACAAGGAAAAAUCCGAGUACAAACGUAUCCACGGGCACUUUCCGCAUGCCUUCAACGGUUACAUCCUGACACCAGGGUACUUUGAUUUGUUUGAGGUGCGCAAUCAGCCGACCAGUGGCUUGGCUAAUGGCCGGCAGCUGUAUCAGUUACUGAAGACACACGGUUACAUCUCACUCAACGUUACCGUACAGGAGAGCAUGUUCAAUGCUUGUGGUGUGUCUGGUGAGAAGACGGUUACACGCAAUCUAGCCCCUGCCAGGAAGAGACGUUUAGCAGCAGGCACACAGUCUACUGCAGGCCGCAAAGCACUGGAAGGAGCUAGUGAUGAUUCGGAUCUUGCAAGUGCUGAUGAAGACACAGAUGUGCCACCGCCGCCGCCUUCUAAGCGACGCCGCACAGGUAGCAGGCGUCCGUUAGAACAACCAGGUGACGGCAAGGCAGAAGCUGUUGUUCUGGUCGCGGCGGAUGAUGCUCCCUUGUUAAGUGACAUUGCCAGUGGUCUGACCAAGCAGAGUGUGUGUAAGACUGCUGCUGCGGUGGACGCCUCACUUCCUGGCGGGCAUUCUGUGUCUACUGGUCAGGAACAUGGCUCAAGUACCAAUGCUGCUGCAGCUGCUGAUGAUGCUGAGCUGGACACCAGUGAUAGUGUUAAGAAUGCAGGGGAUGGGUUAGAGUCAGCUGAUGUAGUCUCCGCGACACCAGUACCUUCUGUGCUGCCCGCUACUACCUCGGCUACCUCGACUACCACUGUUACGAAUCUCACUACUCCUGCUGCUGCUACUCCUGCUGCUGCUGCUGCUGCUGCUGGUGGUGGUGGUGCUGGUGGUGCUGGUGGUGCUGGUGGUGGUGGUGCAACGGAUGUACUGGAUGUGGAGAGUGAUGCAGAGGGAAACGAGAGUGAUGUGUCAGACAUUGAAGACUUUGAUGCCAUUGCAGCAAACUCUCAGAAAGUCAUUACAAAGGAAGUGGACACCAGCCGGCCUACUCUGAAUGAAGAUGAUUUGAGAAUCGGAGCAUUCCACUGCAUCGGCUCCUUACUGGCAUCUGAUAAGCUUGCAAUUGAUGGAUAUUUGCCGAGUAAGAGUAUCAAUCAGAAGGCUAGUGCUGUGGGUGCACUGGGAGAAGAAAAAGUCUGGAGAGGAUUAGCCUACAAUGUCCUCGAGGCAGUGCAAGGGACCACUACUGACACGAGUGCUGCUGCUGCUUCCACUGCAUCAGCAUCAUCAUCAACUCCCCAGGCUAGUAUGGGCAACAAGGCGGUCAGUUCGAAGACGACAUCAUCGGCAGGAACCGCGGCAUCCACACAGUCCGCAGCUGAAAAAAAGUCUGUUUCGUUUGGCUUUGACAGUGAUGCAGACAGUUCGGGUGAUGAGGGCAUUGGCUCCAGUUUGAUUGCAACUUCAAGCACUAGAACUACUGGCAAUGCUACUGCUGCUGCUGCUUCAUCCACUACUGCUAGUGCUAGUGCUGGUGGUGGUGGUGGUGGUGAUGGUGAGCAAGGCGAUGUGAGUGUGGGUCUGACACGUGUACUGGGUCUGAGUGACACCAAUGUAGCACUGAAACCCUGCUCGAUUGAGUUGUACUCAUUGAAAGAUGAACAUCUCAUCAACCUGACUGUGGAUUGUGAGAACGCUACACUAGACGAUGGCGAGUCGCAGGACACGCUAAGUUGCUGGCAGUUGAGAAAGUUUGUGCGGGCCACAGACUGUCAGCGUGUACGUCUAAAAUCAUCGGAACCUCUACUGACUGAGCACCUUGACCCUGAUGAGCUCUACAGCUUGUUUGAUACAGAGGAGAGCAGAGAGGAAGACAUGGAUGAUACUGAUGACGUCGUUGGUGAUUCUUUAGCGGAGAGAUACCGUCGGAGUAGUUUGCCAAGUGCCAGUAUCACACCGCUGUCACUGGCUGAGUAUCAGAAUCUGUGCGCUGACUAUCUGCAGUGGAGUGAUGCUGAUAUCAGUGCUGCUAAGAUGUUGUUUGAUCAGAUUGAAGAAUGUGGCUGGCAGGGCAUGUCACUAGCCACUAUUCACAAGAUCAAGUUUGAUGGAAAUUGUCAGUUGUCCAUCAUGGAUCACCUGCAGUAUCUAGUGAACUUUCAACUGGUACUUCUUGCUGGUGUGAAAGAGAGUGGAGCUGUGGCAACUGUCAAUGCUAAAUGUUGGAUGGUGCAGUCGUCAGUUACUUCUAGAAUUCCAGUGUCGCAAAGCACGGAGAUCAUGGCAGUGAAGACAGAGAUGCCCGCUGCUGCGGCUGCAGAUCCCAGCACAUCAUCAGUAAAGCUAGCGAGCAGUGUCGUGGACACUGCCGAGGCUAAUGGUGGUGUUGCAGAUGUGCAGACUGGUGAAAGUGGCACUGCGCUGGAUCAUGCUACUACUGCUGCUGCUGCUGCUGCUGCUGCUAGCAAUGUAGGACAAGAUGGCAGUGUGUCUGUGAGCGACACUGGUAUUGUCAGUAGUACUGGCGAGGCAAGUAGGUCCACUGCUGCUAAUGCCAAUACUCUUACUAGUAGUACUGGUGCUACAGGUAGUCCUAGUAAAUACAAGCAGGGUCAACAGGUACCAUCAACUCCCAAAUCAUCGUCCUCUACCAAGGGCACAGCAACACCAGCAGAUGCAGGCUCAGCCUCCGACCCACUGGCAUCAUCUCAAGGCUCUGCUCGCGCUCAGGACAGUGCUGAGAUGCCGACGCUGCUGCAGAAGUUCAACAAGACUCCUCCGGCGCGUCGCCGUUCCGUUCACCUUGACCUGCACACGGUGGCCAGUGUACCUACCGUUCAUACAAGUAAGCCGCGCCAGCUGAACUUUGCUAGCCGUCCAUGGCUGAGUUCAGAAGGUGUUACUAUGGAGGGAUCAGCAGAGCAAAUGCUGUAUGGUGUUGCAAGACUCAUCAUGUCCCAACCUGGAAUCAAGAAGAGUCGACUCCAUGAGUUGUUUGCUGAUGUUUUCCGCCCUACUGUUGUCAACCAACUGUUAGAGAAUCUCUGCAAUUCUGGUCUGGUGGAGGAGCGUGUGGUUGAAAUCUGUGAGAAGCCCUCACUCUUCUCAAAGCCAACAGUCUAUACUCCAGCAGGAGGUCGCUUUUCAACGGACUGCUCUCCACGACAAACGUACUACGUGCCAACUAUCAACUGCAUGGCCCAACUCUCCCAGCUGUAAGUCGUCCACCACACAACACGUGCACUGUACACUCACUGCACGCUGAUUGCUGUUACCACUGCUGGAACAUGGCGCUGAUACUCACACGUCAUCAUCAUCAGCUAGCUGAAGUACCACAGUCUACAGGGGCAUGUACAGAGGGCAUUGUACAGAGAGGCACUACAAUUGUAGUACUGUAUAUUGAAGGUGCUGACUUGUACAGAGUGUACUGAGAGAUUGUACAGAGGUAUUCUGCAGUUUUGUACGGAGAGGUACUGUGUAGAGAGAUUGUACAGAGAGAUGGCACCGAUUGCAUAUACACGUCCAUUGUGUACAUGGCAUUGCCAGCUUACUUUGAACUUUUGUGCAUACAGUUAGGGUGUUGAUUUUUUACCGCUGCUAUAUUGCUAUUUUAUCAGGCGCUGAUCUCUCCUUUUCUUUCUUUCUUUUUUUUCAAAUUAACUCUGCUAACAUUUUUGGCUCAUGUACUACUACUAAACACACACAUCUCACAUCUGCCCAUAGAGAUGAAGCUGUAUGGGGCUGAGAUAAUGAUCUUUUUUUUAUCAGUAUGAAAUCAAAAUAUCAAAGUCUGGACUAUAUCUCCAUUCACAUAAUUUAGCGACUGGAUGUCAGGUCUUGCAGCAUACUAUUUUUGUUAAUCAUGAAAAUAAUGAUUCUGACACAGAUGUUCCUACUGGAGGAUACUGUUAAGAAUCCCACUGGA